GCCUCUCUCUAGUUACGCAGCACUGGUGUAUGAGGGGAAAAUGUAUCGUCUCGGACCACAGUUUUUCUCCAAGAUCGCUUUCGAUUUCUUUUUAUCCACUGUGCCACGGGAACAUUUGUAUUUUACCAGACUGUACAAUAAAGGCUGGUCGUGUAUUGGCUGAUUUUUGGUCAAUUUUACUGAAAUCUGCACGAAAAUGCCAAGGACCAAGAAAAAGAAUAACAAGGGGGGCCAGCAUGGAGCUGUGCAGCCUUUUAGUGACGAGGAUGCCUCCAUCGAGACUCUCAGUCACUGCAGCAGCUUCAGUGACGUAACCAGUGUAGCUGAUGACGGAGAGGCAGGUGAGGAUACUGCCCAGGAGGAUUUCCAGUACAAGCUGAAAGGGUUCAUAGACAGCACUGUGGACAAGAGUGCCAAGACGAGACAAGGGGCUCUGGAUGGCCUUAAAACAGCGAUGGCCACACGGAUCCUGUAUGAGUUCAUCUCUGAGAGAAGGAUGACGAUCACAGACAGCAUUGAGCGUUGCCUCAAGAAAGGGAAAGGAGAGGAGCAGCGGGCGGCUGCCUCUUUAGCCUGCCUGCUGUGCAUUCAGCUGGGGUCAGGAAUCGAGAGUGAGGAGGUGUUCAAGACCCUGAAGCCUAUUUUCAAAAACAUCCUGGCAGAUGGAUCGGCCAACAUACAAGCCAGACAAGCGGUGGCGACGAGUCUGGGACUUUGUACACUUGUUGCUGAGGAUGACAUUUUUGAUGUUCAGGCGACUAUGGAGUGCUUUGAGAACCUGUUCACCCGGUCUUAUGCGAAGGCGGACGGUACCUGUCCUUCCAUCAACCCGCAGACGAGCCAGCUCCACGUAAACGCCUUACUGUCCUGGACACUGCUGCUCACCAUCUGCUCGGCCAAUCAGCUCAAAGACAUUGUGCACAAACAUCUGUCCAAACUGCAGAGGUUGCUGGAGAGUGAUGAUGUCAACAUGAGGAUUGCUGCCGGGGAGACCAUUGCUCUGCUCUUUGAGCUAGCCAGGGACAUUGAGCCUGAGUUUGAAUUCGAUGGCUGGGACGAACUGUGUGAGAAGCUGAAUGCUUUAGCUACAGACUGCAACAAACACAGGGCUAAGACUGACAAGAGGAAGCAGCGGUCGGUCUUCAGAGACGUUCUCAAAGCUGUUGAGGAGGGGGAUUUCCAAACGGAGACGAUUCGCUUCGGAACAGAACGAAUGACCAUUGACAGCUGGGUCAGAAAGAGGACCUAUGAUACUUUCAGAGAGUUUGUCGGCUCUGGGAUGAACUACCACCUGCAGGCAAAUGAAUUCAUCAGAGAUGUGUUUGAGCUUGGGCCACCCAUUUUGGUCGACUCUGCUACUAUGAAGGCCAUGAAAAUUUCUCGUUUCGAAAGGCACCUCCACAACUCUGCAGCAUUCAAGGCUCGGACCAAAGCCAGAAGCAAGUUCAGAGACAAGAGGGUGGAUGUGGGGGAGUUUUAACCUUUUCUUUGUAGACUUUGUUAGGCUAUUUAUGAGGCUUUCUCCACUUUUAGAUGAGUUGUCACAAAUUGGUCUUCAUGUAUUCAUCUCCCCACCUUACCAUCUGUAUUAAAUCCUCACCCUCUAGAAAUAUGAAGUACGGAUUAAUCUCUGCUGCUGCGUGUCGUAGAACAGGAAGUCCUUAAUAUAUAAAUGAAAUCCGAAUAUAAUAUUGUGCAUCAGCAGAAAACAUUUGGUGUUGUGUAUAUUUGUCUUUUCUCUACUUUCAUGUAUGUUCAUGAUCUGAACUGUUUUCUUCUGUUUUUGAACAUAUUUAGUAAUUUAUAAAAAAAAUUUCCAACAGUUGUGGUUUUUCAUUGUAACAAUAUGGCGACUAACCCUCCAGAGUUGUAUUAACUUGCACUACCUUGUAAACCUGGAUUAUUUAUGAAACAUCCCAGUCCGUUUAGUUGUGGUCAUAUUGUUAUCAGGCAGGAUGGUGUAAUAAAUGCUGAAAACGGCUAA